AUGCAUUAUUUUGACCUUAUCAGACUAAAAUCUGAGCAAGAGCAUCUCUUCCGUAAUAUUCAGAGAAAUGAGUACCACAACUUGUAUGGUUUUAUCAGUUCAAAGGGCUUGAAAAUUAUGAAUUUAGGAGAUGCCCUACCAGCCGCAGGUGUGGCUAAGGCUUUUGAGAGCGAUGAUGAUGAUGCUGUUGAUCCACAUCUUGAGCGCAUCAGAAAUGAAGCUGGUGAAAAUGAAAGUGACGAGGAGGAUGAAGAUUUUGUUGCUGAAAAAGACGAUGAAGGGUCUCCUACGGAUGAUUCUGGGGCAGAUGAUUCUGAUGCUAGCCAAAGUGAUGAUGAGAAAGAGAAGCCUCCCAAAAAGGAGCCUAAGAAGGAUAUGCCUUCUAGCUCUAAAGCAUCUACUUCUAAGAGGAAAUCAAGAGAUGCCGAUGAAGAUGGAAAGAAGAGAAAACCAAAGAAGAAAAAAGAUCCAAAUGCACCCAAGAGGGCGUUGUCUGGGUUCAUGUUCUAUUCCAGUGAUACUGAAGGUUCUGGAGUUUGA